CUCUUCGGCACGGUCGUGUGUAAGGUUGGUGUCGCGCUCGCCACACACCCUCGCCACUCACACGCACAAACACACACAAGGCAAGACGCAAGACGCAAGACCAGCAGCAGACAACAAGCCCCCAUCCAUAUCCAGCAGCACACCAGCCAACCAGCCCGCCAACCAAAAGAGAGUGUUGAGUGCAGAAGAAGAAGAGACAGAAGCACGCAAGAAAAAAGCAGGCAUACACCCUAUCCUUGUUUCUGGGGUGUUUGGUUGUUUUUUGUCUGGCCUUUUGGCUUUGUGUGUGUGUGUGUGUGUGUGUGUGCGUUGGCUUCGUGUCUGCUUUGAGCCAUCCUUUAGCCAAACAGAAUCCCCCCCCCCUCUCAUAGCUGGGCCUAGGUCUUCAGUCUCCCCAUCUUUCCACACAACUGCUCAUUGAACACAUAGCCCGUGUGAAGCUGGUACGAACACCACCGCCACUGGUACCCUACAUCAGACAUCCACAACAGCACAUAUCCACAACAGCACAUAUCCGCAACAGCAGACAUCAGUCAUGUCGACCCCGCAAGACAUGGAUGUUGAGAUUCUGGUGAUUGGCGCUGGCCCCACGGGCCUUGGCGCCGCCACCCGCCUGCACCAACACAACCACCCGAGCUGGAUGGUGGUGGACGGGUUCAGCCAACCGGGCGGCCUGGCCCGCUCCGAGCGCACGCGCGAGGGCUUCCUCUUUGACCUGGGUGGUCACGUCAUCUUCAGCCACUACAAGUACUUUGACCAGCUGCUCGAGCACGCCGUUGGCAAAGGCGACGACGCCUGGUCCACUAUUGAGCGUGUCUCCUUUGUCUGGAUCAAGGACCGCUACGUGCCGUACCCGUUCCAGAACAACCUCAGCGUCCUGGAUGUUGAGGACCAGAUCUUCUGCCUGGAGGGCCUCAUUGACGCCAACAUGCGCGCCUCCUCCAGCCACGGCCGUCAGCCCAGCAACUUUGACGAGUGGAUGGUCCACGUCAUGGGCGAGGGUGUGACAUCCAUGUUCAUGCGCCCAUACAACUUCAAGGUGUGGGCCAUUCCGCCCACGAACAUGCAGUGGGAGUGGCUCGGUGACCGCACGCAGCCCAUCGACCUCAAGGCCUCCAUGAAGAACGUCCUCCGCGGCCGCCGUGCCCCAGCACCAAAAGCCAGCUUCCGCUUCCCACAGCACGGCGGGACGGGGUCCAUCUGGAGCUCGAUUGCGCAGCUGCUGCCCCAGGAGCGCAUCCACUACCGCGGCAAGGUGGUUGGCCUUGACCUUGAGGGCAAGCACGUCACGCUGCAGGACGGCACGCGCAUCCGCUACCAGGCGUGCAUCAGCACCAUGCCGCUCGACUACACGCUGCGCCUCAUUGGCGAGGAGGAGAUGGCGGGCAAGCUGUUUUACUCGUCCUCGCACGUCAUUGGCAUUGGCCUGCGCGGCAAGAUCCCGCACGGCCGCAAGUGCUGGCUGUACUACCCGGAGAGCAACUGCCCCUUUUACCGCUGCACGUGCUUCUCCACGUACGCCAAGUCCAACUGCCCGCCCGCGGAGACGAAGCUGCCCACCAUCCGCGUGGCAGGCGACCCCUCGCAGCCGCCGAGCGAGCCCAAGGGCGGGCCGUACUGGUCGCUCAUGUUUGAGGUGAGCGAGAGCCCGCUGAAGAAGGUGAACAAGGACACGAUUGUGGAGGAGACCAUCCAGGGCGCGCUCAACGUGCACCUGAUCCGGCCCGAGGACGAGAUUGUGAGCGUGUACCACCGCCGCCUGCCGCACGGCUACCCGACGCCAACCAUCAUCCGCGACCAGGUCCUGCGCGAGACGCUGCCGCUGCUCAAGUCCAAGGGCUUCUGGAGCCGCGGUCGCUUUGGCAGCUACAAGUACGAGGUGGCCAACCAGGACCACUCGCUCAUGAUGGGCGUGGAGGCCGUCGACAACAUUCUCUUUGGCGCCACGGAGGUGACGCUCGAGCACCCAAAGCUCGUUGCGCAGAGCAAGAACACAGACCUGACAUACACGCCGCCGCCGCCGCCAGCGCCGGUCGCUGACGAGAUGGCGAUGGACGCGGACGCGGUGUCGCAGGGGCAGCAGUCAGACGAGCAGGUGACGAAGAAGCCCAAGGCAGCGGGCACGCAGCCGCCAACGGCAGCGGCGCAGGAUGCUGCCAAGGUCAAGUCUGAGAGCAAGCCCAUGGCGGCCUCUGGUGACGACUCGGCCACAAACCAGGCCAUGGAGGUGUAACAACAUCACCCCUGGCCGCCGGUCACCAACUGCUCUUGUUUCGCUGGUAUCUGUUUGUGUUGUUUGCUGGCUGUUUUGUGUGUGUGUGUGUGUGUGUGUGUGUGUGUGUUUG